GACUGUACCUCCCACUGAAACAGGAGGUUUUCUUAUAAACAGAAUGUUAGUGCUAGCAUAAAUCAGCAGAAACGGGAAGGCGUCUACAUCUCUGGUGGCUGCCACUUGCUCUCUUCCAUCUGCAGCAUGAAGUGUGACCUCAAGAAGAAACUCUUACUUGUAUCGUUCAUGUUGUACUUGAUUCUUAGCGUGGAAUCAACGCAUACAGUCAAUGGGACGUCGGAAGAAAACAUCACGGUUAAAUUCACUUUUCUAGAUUCUGUUGACAGCAGUUUUCCCAAUCUGUACAAAAAUGACAACAGGAAAGGAAGUUGCAGACAAAUGUCCUCUUUUUGCUCAGAAAGAUUUGUACUCAGUGAUGUGAAAAACAGUACUGUCACACUACACAUCACAAAUCUCUCACUGGAAGAUGAAGGACUGUACCAAAUUGCGGUACUUCCUGAUGAUCAAAACCCUCUUAUAGAGAGCAACAAAAUCUAUAUUACAGUCAAAUUAUGGAAUAAAACAACAGAAACUGUACUCACACCUCCGCCUGAAGGCGUAGUGACGACGACUCCUAAACAGGAGACAUCGGAACAAAAAUCAUUCAUAAUUUUCUUCUCUGCAUCACUCAUAAUAUUUAUAUGUAUAUUCGUGGGCAUAUUGUGCUGGUUUUACAUGACCAAUCCAAGAAAAACAGACGCAGAAAACCCAGCAGUUCAGAACAACAGAACAACACAACAGGGGCAGUGUGGGAGAUCCGGUGCUGUGGUCGUCAGCUGUGUGGAGUAUGGGGAGUUAGACUUUCAAAAUAGACCUGAAAGAGAUGACAGAGUAAAACCUGCCGAGGCGACAUCAAAGGCCCAGGACGGAGUGGAAUAUGCUGCCAUCAUUUUCCCUCAGCAAAAACAGACACCGAGUGGGCGAAUGAGAAAUAAACAGCAAGUACCUGCCAUUAAGCGAUAGACAGAGUGAAAUCAUAAUCAUAUCACGCAUUGUCCACUAAAGUUAGUCUAUUUUAACAUUUGAUCAUGUAAACCUAAUAUAUACUAUUUGGGAGAAAAUCACGAACAGUUUAGGACUCUUUUUGAUAAUAAUUAUGAUCACAAACUGCCACAUCCUCUCAUGUUAACUAGUUCAAACUGUUACUGUAAAUGUGCCAGAGUUUAACACUGAGUCAUAGGUGCUAACCACAGAAGCCCCCAUGAGGAAACUUGAGGUACUUGAAUAUUGUUGUUUAGGAUUAUGCUACACAGGCUCACUUGAAAACGUGCCUGUGGUGACAUUUUUGCAAAAUGAUAUUUCGCAGCUUCUUGCACGCUUCGUCACACUUUCAAGGUGAAAUGUCUAUUUAGUGGCACUGAAACCGCUCAGUUUUAUCUGAAACAGAACGUGAAUCUAGCAAUGUUUUACUAUGUUGGUUGUUACACAUAUUGCGGCAGUUCUGAAAGAAAAUAUCCAGUGUGUGGCGCUAAAUGUUAAUGUGCUAUCCCGUUUGAAAAUAAUGUACCACCUACACUAAAUCCUAACCGAUACUGUUAACAUGAGAUACAAAUACAUUUGCUGAAGCAACCAAGCAUCACACUUGCGACUGAUGUUACAGACUGUGGUCUUUAGCAUCCUUGUAAAUGCACCCA